AUGAGUGUUGGCCGGAGGAAGCUGGCCCCGCUCUGGGCCCUGGCUCUCGCUCUGGCCUGCACCCGGCACACAGGCCAUGCCCAGGAUGGCUCCUCCGAAUCCAGCUACAAGCACCACUCCGCCCUCUCUCCUAUCGCCCAGGGGCCCGGCGGGGUCCCGCUCCGUGGGAUGACUGUCUUCCCAUCUCUGAGGACCAUCCCUGUGGUACGAGCCUCCAACCCGGCGCACAACGGGCGGGUGUGCAGCACCUGGGGCAACUUCCACUACAAGACCUUCGACGGCGACGUCUUCCGCUUCCCCGGCCUCUGCAACUACGUGUUCUCUGAGCACUGUGGCGCCGCCUACGAGGACUUCAACAUCCAGCUACGCCGCAGCCAGGAGUCAGCAGCCCCCACGCUGAGCAGGAUCCUCAUGAAGGUGGACGGCGUGGUCAUCCAGCUGACCAAGGGCUCCGUCCUGGUCAACGGCCGCCCGGUCCUGCUGCCCUUCAGCCAGUCUGGGGUCCUCAUUCAGCAGAGCAGUAGCUACACCAAGGUGGAGGCCAGGCUGGGCCUUGUCCUCAUGUGGAACCACGAUGACAGCCUGCUGCUGGAGCUGGACGCCAAAUACGCCAACAAGACCUGUGGGCUCUGUGGGGACUUCAACGGGAUGCCCGUGGUCAGCGAGCUCCUCUCCCACAACACCAAGCUGACACCCAUGGAGUUCGGGAACCUGCAGAAGAUGGACGACCCCACGGAGCAGUGUCAGGACCCUGUCCCUGAACCCCCGAGGAACUGCUCCACUGGCUUUGGCAUCUGCGAGGAGCUCCUGCAUGGCCAGCUGUUCUCUGGCUGCGUGGCCCUGGUGGACGUCGGCAGCUACCUGGAGGCCUGCAGGCAGGACCUCUGCUUCUGCGAAGACACCGACCCGCUCAGCUGCGUCUGCCACACCCUCGCUGAGUACUCCCGGCAGUGCGCCCACGCAGGGGGGCUGCCCCAGGACUGGCGGGGCCCUGACCUCUGCCCCCAGAAGUGCCCCAACAAUAUGCAGUACCACGAGUGCCGCUCCCCCUGUGCAGACACCUGCUCCAACCAGGAGCACUCCCGGGCCUGCGAGGACCACUGUGUGGCCGGCUGCUUCUGCCCUGAGGGGAUGGUGCUUGAUGACAUUGGCCAGACCGGCUGUGUCCCUGCGUCAAAGUGUGCCUGUGUCUACAAUGGGGCCGCCUAUGCUCCGGGGGCCACCUAUUCCACAGACUGCGCCAACUGCACCUGCUCCGGAGGCCAGUGGAGCUGUCAGGAAGUUCCGUGCCCAGGUACCUGCUCUGUGCUUGGAGGUGCCCACUUCUCGACGUUUGACGAGAGGCAAUACACGGUGCACGGGGACUGCAGCUAUGUGCUGACCAAGCCCUGUGACAGCAGUGCCUUCACUGUACUGGCUGAGCUGCGCAGGUGUGGGCUGACGGACAGCGAGACCUGCCUGAAGAGCGUGACACUGAGCCUGGACGGGGCACAGACGGUGGUGGUGAUCAAGGCCAGCGGGGAGGUGUUCCUGAACCAGAUCUACACCCAGCUGCCCAUCUCUGCAGCCAAUGUCACCAUCUUCAGACCCUCAACCUUCUUCAUCAUCGCCCAGACCAGCCUGGGCCUGCAGCUGAACCUGCAGCUGGUGCCCACCAUGCAGCUGUUCGUGCGGCUGGCGCCCAAGCUCCGCGGGCAGACCUGCGGUCUCUGUGGGAACUUCAACAGCAUCCAGGCCGAUGACUUCCGGACCCUCAGUGGGGUGGUGGAGGCCACGGCCGCGGCCUUCUUCAACACCUUCAAGACCCAGGCCGCCUGCCCCAACAUCAGGAACAGCUUCGAGGACCCCUGCUCCCUGAGCGUGGAGAAUGAGAAGUAUGCUCAGCACUGGUGCUCGCAGCUGACCGAUGCUGACGGCCCCUUCAGCCGGUGCCAUGCUGCCGUGAAGCCGGGCACCUACUACUCGAACUGCAUGUUUGACACCUGCAACUGUGAGCGGAGUGAGGACUGCCUGUGCGCCGCGCUGUCCUCCUAUGUGCACGCCUGUGCCGCCAAGGGCGUGCAGCUCAGCGGCUGGAGGGACGGCGUCUGCACAAAGCCCAUGACCACUUGCCCCAAGUCGAUGACCUACCACUACCAUGUCAGCACCUGCCAGCCCACCUGCCGCUCCCUGAGCGAGGGGGACAUCACCUGCAAUGUUGGCUUCAUCCCCGUGGAUGGCUGCAUCUGUCCCGAGGGCACCUUCCUGGACGACACGGGCAAGUGUGUGCAGGCCAGCAACUGUCCCUGCUACCACAGGGGUUCCAUGAUCCCCAAUGGGGAGUCGGUGCACGACAGCGGGGCUGUCUGCACCUGCACGCAUGGGAAGUUGAGCUGCAUCGGAGGCCAAGCACCCACCCCAGUGUGUGCUGCACCCAUGGUGUUCUUCAACUGCCGCAAUGCCACACCCGGGGACGCAGGGGCCGGCUGUCAGAAGAGCUGCCACACCCUGGACAUGACCUGUUACAGCCCCCAGUGUGUGCCUGGCUGCGUGUGCCCCGACGGGCUGGUGGCGGACGGCGAGGGCGGCUGCAUCACUGCGGAGGACUGCCCCUGCGUGCACAACGAGGCCAGCUAUGGGGCCGGCCAGACCAUCCGGGUGGGCUGCAACACGUGCACCUGUGACAGCAGGAUGUGGCGGUGCACAGAUGAUCCCUGCCUGGCCACCUGCACCGUGUACGGGGAUGGCCACUACCUCACCUUCGACGGGCAGAGCUACAGCUUCAACGGAGACUGCGAGUACACGCUGGUGCAGAACCACUGUGGCGGGAAAGACAGCGCCCAGGACUCCUUCCGUGUCGUCACUGAGAAUGUCCCCUGCGGCACCACGGGGACCACCUGCUCCAAGGCCAUCAAGAUCUUCCUGGGGGGCUCCGAGCUGAAGCUGAACCACGGGAAGGUGGAGGUGAUCGGGACGAACGAGAGCCAGGAGGUGCCAUACACCAUCCGGCAGAUGGGCAUCUACCUGGUGGUGGACACCGACAUCGGCCUGGUGCUGCUGUGGGACAAGAAGACCAGCAUCUUCAUCAACCUCAGCCCCGAGUUCAAGGGCAGGGUCUGUGGCCUGUGUGGGAACUUCGACGACAUCGCUGUCAAUGACUUUGCCACGCGGAGCCAGUCCGUGGUGGGGGACGUGCAGGAGUUCGGGAACAGCUGGAAGCUCUCCCCUUCCUGCCCAGACGCCCUGGAGCCAAAGGACCCCUGCACAGCCAACCCCUUCCGCAAGUCCUGGGCCCAGAAGCAGUGCAGCAUCCUCCACGGCCCCACCUUCACCGCCUGCCACGCACACGUGGAGCCGGCCAGGUACUACGAGGCCUGUGUGAGCGACGCAUGUGCCUGCGACUCAGGGGGUGACUGCGAGUGUUUCUGCACAGCCGUGGCCGCCUAUGCCCAGGCCUGUCAUGAAGUGGGCCUGUGUGUGUCCUGGCGGACCCCCAGCAUCUGCCCUCUGUUCUGCGACUACUACAACCCCGAAGGCCAGUGCGAGUGGCACUACCAGCCCUGUGGGGCGCCCUGCCUGCGGACCUGCCGGAACCCCCGCGGAGACUGCCUGCGGGACGUCCGGGGCCUGGAAGGCUGCUACCCCAAGUGCCCACCAGAGGCUCCUAUCUUUGAUGAGGACAAGAUGCAGUGUGUGGCUACCUGCCCGACACCGCCUCUGCCACCACGGUGCCACGUCCAUGGGAAGUCCUACCGGCCAGGCGCAGUGGUGCCCUCGGACAAGAACUGCCAGUCCUGCCUCUGUACCGAGCGCGGCGUGGAGUGCACCUACAAAGCUGAGGCCUGUGUCUGCACCUACGAUGGACGGCACUUCCACCCAGGGGACGUCAUCUACCACACGACGGACGGCACGGGUGGCUGCAUCUCCGCCCACUGCGGGGCCAACGGCACCAUUGAGAGGAGGGUCUACCCCUGCAGCCCCACUACCCCCGUCCCCCCAACCACCUUCUCCUUCUCCACACCCCCGCUUGUCAUGAGCUCCACGCACGCCCCCAGCCCUGGCCCAAGCAGCAGGCACACAGGCCCUCUGAGCAGCACCUGGCCCACCACAGCAGGCCCUUCUCCCAGGACAAGGCCGCCCACAGCCUCUGCCUCGCUGCCGCCGGUCUGUGGGGAAAAGUGCCUGUGGUCGCCAUGGAUGGACGUCAGCCGCCCUGGACGGGGCAAGGACAGCGGUGACUUCGACACACUGCAGAACCUCCGCGCCCAUGGGUACCGGGUGUGUGAAUCACCCAGGUCGGUGGAGUGCCGAGCCGAGGAUGCCCCUGGAGUGCCACUCCAAGUCCUGGGGCAGCGUGUGCAGUGCAGCCUGGACGUGGGGCUGACCUGUCGUAACAGGGAGCAGGCAUCGGGGCUCUGCUACAACUACCAGAUCAGGGUCCUGUGCUGCACGCCCCUAGCCUGCUCCACCUCUAGCAGUCCAGCCCAGACCACUCCUCCAACAACCUCCAAGACCACUGAAACCCGGGCCUCAGCCUCCUCAGCCCCCAGUAGCACACCUGGCCCCAUGGCUGUCUCUACAGCCAGGACAACACCUGCCCCAGGUACCGCUACAUCUGUCAAAAAAACUUUCUCAACUCCCAGCCCUCCACCAGUGCCGGCAACAUCAUCAUCAUCCAUGUCAACCACGGCCCCGGGGACCUCCGCGGUCUCCAGCAAGCCCACCCCCACCGAGCCCAGCACAUCCUCCUGCCUACGGGAGCUUUGCACCUGGACUGAGUGGAUCGACGGCAGCUACCCUGCUCCCGGAAUAAAUGGUGGAGAUUUUGACACAUUUCAAAACUUGAGAGACGAAGGAUACACAUUCUGUGAAAGUCCUCGAAGCGUGCAGUGCCGGGCAGAGAGCUUCCCCAACACACCGUUGGCAGACCUGGGGCAGGACGUCAUCUGCAGCCGCACGGAGGGGCUGAUUUGCCUGAACAAGAACCAGCUCCCACCCAUCUGCUACAACUAUGAGAUCCGCAUCCAGUGUUGUGAGACGGUGAACGUGUGCAGAGACGGCACCAGACCGCCAAAGACCGUCGCAACGACACGGCCGACUCCACACCCAACUGGAGCUCAGACCCUGACCACCAUCACCAGACACAUGCCCUCGGCCUCCACAGAGCAACCCACGGCCACCUCCAGGGGCAGGACCACAGCAACCAGCGUCACGCAGGGCACCCACACCAGACCAGUCACCAGAGACUGUCAUCCCCGGUGCACCUGGACAAAGUGGUUCGACGUGGACUUCCCGUCCCCUGGACCCCACGGCGGGGACAAGGAAACCUACAGCAACAUCAUCAGGAGUGGGGAAAAAAUCUGCUGCCGACCCGAGGAGAUCACCAGGCUCCAGUGCCGAGCCGAGAGCCACCCGGAGGUGAGCAUCGAACACCUGGGCCAGGUGGUGCAGUGCAGCCGUGAAGAGGGCCUGGUGUGCCGCAACCAGGACCAGCAGGGACCCUUCAAGAUGUGCCUCAACUACGAGGUGCGUGUGCUCUGCUGCAAGACCCCCAAAGGCUGCCCCAUGACCUCCACACCUGGCUCCACCUCUAGCAGUCCAGCCCAGACCACUCCUCCAACAACCUCCAAGACCACUGAAACCUGGGCCUCAGCCCCCUCAGCCCCUGGCAGCACACCUGGCCCCGUGGCUGUCUCUACAGCCAGGACAACACCUGCCCCAGGUACCGCUACAUCUGUCAAAAAAACUUUCUCAACUCCCAGCCCUCCACCAGUGCCGGCAACAUCAUCAUCAUCCAUGUCAACCACGGCCCCGGGGACCUCCGUGGUCUCCAGCAAGCCCACCCCCACUGAGCCCAGCACAUCCUCCUGCCUACAGGAGCUUUGCACCUGGACUGAGUGGAUUGACGGCAGCUACCCUGCUCCCGGAAUAAAUGGUGGAGAUUUUGACACAUUUCAAAAUUUGAGAGACGAAGGAUACACAUUCUGUGAAAGUCCUCGAAGCGUGCAGUGCCGGGCAGAGAGCUUCCCCAACACGCCACUGGCAGACCUGGGGCAGGACGUCAUCUGCAGCCGCACGGAGGGGCUGAUUUGCCUGAACAAGAACCAGCUCCCACCCAUCUGCUACAACUAUGAGAUCCGCAUCCAGUGUUGUGAGACGGUGAACGUGUGCAGAGACAGCACCAGACCGCCAAAGACCGUCGCAACGACACGGCCGACUCCACACCCAACUGGAGCUCAGACCCUCACCACCAUCACCAGACACAUGCCCUCGGCCUCCACAGAGCAACCCACGGCCACCUCCAGGGGCAGGACCACAGCAACCAGCGUCACACAGGGCACCCACACCAGACCAGUCACCAGAGACUGUCAUCCCCGGUGCACCUGGACAAAGUGGUUCGACGUGGACUUCCCAUCCCCUGGACCCCACGGCGGGGACAAGGAAACCUACAGCAACAUCAUCAGGAGUGGGGAAAAAAUCUGCUGCCGACCCGAGGAGAUCACCAGGCUCCAAUGCCGAGCCGAGAGCCACCCGGAGGUGAACAUUGAACACCUGGGCCAGGUGGUGCAGUGCAGCCGCGAAGAGGGCCUGGUGUGCCGCAACCAGGACCAGCAGGGACCCUUCAAGAUGUGCCUCAACUACGAGGUGCGCGUGCUCUGCUGCAAGACCCCCAAAGGAUGCCCCAUGACCUCCACACCUGUGACAGCUCCUAGCACCCCAAGUGGGAGAGCCACCAGCCCAACUCAGGGCACCUCCUCUUGGCAGAAAUCCAGGACAACCACUUUGGUGACAACCAGCACAACCUCCACUCCACAGACCAGUACAACCUCUGCCCCAACAACCAGCACAACCUCUGCUCCUACAGCCAGAACAACCUCUGCCCCUACAACCAGCACAACCUCUGCCCCAACAACCAGCACAAUCUCUGGUCCUGAAACUACUCCCAGCCCUGUUCCUACCACCAGCACAACCUCUGCUUCUACAAGCAGCACAACCUUUGGUCCUGGAACUACUCCCAGCCCUGUUCCUACCACCAGCACAACCUCUGCUGCUAUAACAAGCACAAUCUCUGCUCCUACAAAGAGCACAACUUCUGGUCCUGGAACUACUCCCAGCCCUGUUCCCACCACCAGCAGAACCUCUGCUCCUACAACCAGAACAACCUCUGCCUCUACAACCACCACAACCUCUGGUCCUGGAACUACUCCCAGCCCUGUUCCUACCACCAGCAUAAUCUCUGCUCCUAAAACCAGCACAACCUCUGCCCCUACAACCAGCCCAACCUCAGCUCCUACAAUCAGCACAACCUCUGCUACUACAACCAGCACAACUUCUGGUCCUGGAACUACCCCAAGCCCUGUUCCCACAACCAGCACAACCUCUGCCCCUACAACCAGCACAACCUCUGCCCCUACAACCAGCACAACCUCUGCCCCUACAACCAGCACAACCUCAGCUCCUACAAUCAGCACAACCUCUGCUCCUAUAACCAGCACAACCUCUGCUACUACAACCAGCACAAGCUCUACCCCUACAGGCAGCACAACCUCCACUCCACAGACCAGCACAACUUUGGCUCCUACAACCAGCACAACUUCUGGUCCUGGGAUGACUUCAAGCCCUGUUCCCACCACCAGCACAACCUCUGCCCCUACAACCAGAACAAUCUCUGUCCCUACAAGCAGCACAACCUCUACCACUAAAACCAGCACAAUUUCUGCUUCUACAGCCAGCACAACCUCUGGCCCUGGAACUACACCCAGCCCUGUUCCUACCACCAGCACAACCUCUGCUCCUACAACCAGCGCAACCUCUGCCUCUACAGCCAGCAAAACCUCUGGUCUUGGAACUACUCCCAGCCCUGUUCCUACCACCAGCACAACCUCUGCUCCUACAACGAGCACAACCUCUGCCUCUACAGCCAGCAAAACCUCUGGUCUUGGAACGACCCCCAGCCCUGUUCCUACUACCAGCACAAUCUUUGCCCCUAGAACCAGCACCACUUCUACCUCUACAACCAGUACAACCCCUGGUCCUCGAACUACUCCCACCCCCAUUCCCACCACCAGCACAGCUUCUGUUUCAAAGACCAGCACAAGCCAUGUUUCUGUAUACAAGACAACCCACUCCCAGCCAGUCACCAGAGACUGUCAUCCCCGGUGCACCUGGACCAAGUGGUUUGACGUGGACUUCCCAUCCCCUGGACCCAACGGCGGAGACAAGGAAACCUACAACAACAUCAUCAGGAGUGGGGAAAAAAUCUGCCGCCGACCUGAGGAGAUCACCAGGCUCCAGUGCCGAGCCGAGAGCCACCCGGAGGUGAGCAUCGAACACCUGGGCCAGGUGGUGCAGUGCAGCCGCGAAGAGGGCCUGGUGUGCCGCAACCAGGACCAGCAGGGACCCUUCAAGAUGUGCCUCAACUAUGAAGUGCGUGUACUCUGCUGUGAGACCCCCAAAGGCUGCCCCGUGACCUCCACACCUGUGACAGCUCCUAGCACCCCUAGUGGGAGAGCCACCAGCCCAACUCAGAGCACCUCCUCUUGGCAGAAAUCCAGGACAACCACUUUGGUGACAACCAGCACAACCUCCACUCCACACACCAGCACAACCUCUGCCCCUACAAGCAGCACAGCCUCGGCUCCUACCACCAGCACAACCUUGGCUCCUACAAGCAGCACAACCUCUGCCCCUACAAGCAGCACAACCUCUGUCCCUACAAGCAGCACAACCUUGGCUCCUACAUACAGAACGACCUCUGGUCCUACAGCCAGCACAACCUCGGCACCUACAACCAGCACAACCUCCGCCUCUACAAGCAGCACAACCUCUGCUACUACAACCAGCACAACCUCUCCCUCUACAAGCAGCACAACCUCCACUCCAAAGACCAGCAAAACCUCAGCUGCUACAAGCAGCACAACCUCUGGUUCUGGAACUACUCCCAGCCCUGUUACCACCACCAGCACAGCUUCUGUUUCAAAGACCAGCACAAGCCAUGUUUCUGUAUCCAAGACAACCCACCCUCAACCAGUCACCAGAGACUGUCAUCCCCAGUGCACCUGGACCAAGUGGUUUGACGUGGACUUCCCAUCCCCUGGACCCCACGGUGGGGACAAGGAAACCUACAACAACAUCAUCAGGAGUGGGGAAAAAAUCUGCCGCCGACCUGAGGAGAUCACCAGGCUCCAGUGCCGAGCCGAGAGCCACCCAGAGGUGAGCAUCGAACACCUGGGCCAGGUGGUGCAGUGCAGCCGCGAAGAGGGCCUGGUGUGCCGCAACCAGGACCAGCAGGGACCCUUCAAGAUGUGCCUCAACUAUGAAGUGCGCGUACUCUGCUGUGAGACCCCCAAAGGCUGCCCCGUGACCUCCACACCUGUGACAGCUCCUAGCACCCCUAGUGGGAGAGCCACCAGCCCAACUCAGAGCACCUCCUCUUGGCAGAAAUCCAGGACAACCACUUUGGUGACAACCAGCACAACCUCCACUCCACAGACCAGCACAACCUCUGCCCUUACAAGCAGCACAACCUCUGCUCCUACAAGCAGCACAACCUCUGCCCCUACAAGCAGCACAACCUCGGCUCCUACAACCAGCACAACGUCUGCUCCUACAAGCAGCACAACCUCUGCUCUUACAACCAGCACAAUCUCUGCCCCUACAACCAGCACAAUCUCUUCCCCUACAACCAGCACAACCUCUGCUACUACAACCAGCACAACCUCUGCUCCUACAAGCAGCAUAACCUCUGCCCCUACAAGCAGCACAACCUCUGUCCCUACAAGCAGCACAACCUCUGCCCCUGCAACCAACACAACCACUGCCCCUACGACCAGCAGGACCUCGGCUCCUACACACAGAACGACCUCUGGUCCUACAACCAGCACAACCUUGGCUCCUACAACCAGCACUUCCUCAGCUCCUACAACCAGCACAACCUCUGCCCCUACAAGCAGCACAACCUCGGCUCCUACAACCAGCACAACCUCUGCUCCUACAAGCAGCACAACCUCUGCUCUUACAACCAGCACAAUCUCUGCCCCUACAACCAGCACAAUCUCUUCCCCUACAACCAGCACAACCUCUGCUACUACAACCAGCACAACCUCUCCCUCUACAAGCAGCACAGCCUCCACUCCACAGACCAGCAAAACCUCAGCUGCUACAAUCAGCACAACCUCUGGUUCUGGAACUACUCCCAGCCCUGUUACCACCACCAGCACAGCUUCUGUUUCAAAGACCAGCACAAGCCAUGUUUCUGUAUCCAAGGCAACCCACCCUCAACCAGUCACCAGAGACUGUCAUCCCCGGUGCACCUGGACCAAGUGGUUUGACGUGGACUUCCCGUCCCCUGGACCCCACGGCGGGGACAAGGAAACCUACAACAACAUCAUCAGGAGUGGGGAAAAAAUCUGCCGCCGACCUGAGGAGAUCACCAGGCUCCAGUGCCGAGCUGAGAGCCACCCGGAGGUGAGCAUCGAACACCUGGGCCAGGUGGUGCAGUGCAGCCGCGAAGAGGGCCUGGUGUGCCGCAACCAGGACCAGCAGGGACCCUUCAAGAUGUGCCUCAACUAUGAAGUGCGUGUACUCUGCUGUGAGACCCCCAAAGGCUGCCCCGUGACCUCCACACCUGUGACAGCUCCUAGCACCCCAAGUGGGAGAGCCACCAGCCCAACUCAGAGCACCUCCUCUUGGCAGAAAUCCAGGACAACCACUUUGGUGACAACCAGCACAACCUCCACUCCACACACCAGCACAACCUCUGCCCCUACAAGCAGCACAACCUCUGCUCCUACAAGCAGCACAACCUCUGCCCCUACAAGCAGCAGAACCUUGGCUCCUACAUACAGAACGACCUCUGGUCCUACAACCAGCACAACCUCGGCUCCUACAACCAGCACAACCUCCGCCUCUACAAGCAGCACAACCUCGGCUCCUACCACCAGCACAACCUUUGCUCCUACAAGCAGCACAACCUCUGCCCCUACAACCAACACAACUACUGCCCCUAUGACCAGCAGGACCUUGGCUCCUACACACAGAACGACCUCUGGUCCUACAAGCAGCACAACCUCGGCUCCUACAACCAGCACAACCUCUGCUCCUACAAGCAGCACAACCUCUGCUCUUACAACCAGCACAAUCUCUGCCCCUACAACCAGCACAAUCUCUUCCCCUACAACCAGCACAAUCUCUUCCCCUACAACCAGCACAAACUCUCCCUCUACAAGCAGCAAAACCUCCACUCCACAGACCAGCAAAACCUCAGCAGCUACAAGCAGCACAACCUCCGGUUCUGGAACUACUCCCAGCCCUGUUACCACCACCAGCACAGCUUCUGUUUCAAAGACCAGCACAAGCCAUGUUUCUGUAUCCAAGACAACCCACCCUCAACCAGUCACCAGAGACUGUCAUCCCCGGUGCACCUGGACCAAGUGGUUUGACGUGGACUUCCCAUCCCCUGGACCCAACGGCGGAGACAAGGAAACCUACAACAACAUCAUCAGGAGUGGGGAAAAAAUCUGCCGCCGACCUGAGGAGAUCACCAGGCUCCAGUGCCGAGCCGAGAGCCACCCGGAGGUGAGCAUCGAACACCUGGGCCAGGUGGUGCAGUGCAGCCGUGAAGAGGGCCUGGUGUGCCGCAACCAGGACCAGCAGGGACCCUUCAAGAUGUGCCUCAACUACGAAGUGCGUGUACUCUGCUGUGAGACCCCCAAAGGCUGCCCCAUGACCUCCACACCUGUGACAGCUCCAAGCACCCCAAGUGGGAGAGCCACCAGCCCAACUCAGGGCACCUCCUCUUGGCAGAAAUCCAGGACAACCACUUUGCACAACCUCUGCCCCUACAAGCAGCACAGCCUCGGCUCCUACCACCAGCACAACCUUGGCUCCUACAAGCAGCACAACCUCUGCCCCUACAAGCAGCACAACCUCUGUCCCUACAAGCAGCACAACCUUGGCUCCUACAUACAGAACGACCUCUGGUCCUACAGCCAGCACUACCUCGGCUCCUACAACCAGCACAACCUCCGCCUCUACAAGCAGCACAACCUCUGCUACUACAACCAGCACAACCUCUCCCUCUACAAGCAGCACAACCUCCACUCCACAGACCAGCAAAACCUCAGCUGCUACAAGCAGCACAACCUCUGGUUCUGGAACUACUCCCAGCCCUUCACCAGAGACUGUCAUCCCCAGUGCACCUGGACCAAGUGGUUUGACGUGGACUUCCCAUCCCCUGGACCCCACGGUGGGGACAAGGAAACCUACAACAACAUCAUCAGGAGUGGGGAAAAAAUCUGCCGCCGACCUGAGGAGAUCACCAGGCUCCAGUGCCGAGCCGAGAGCCACCCGGAGGUGAGCAUCGAACACCUGGGCCAGGUGGUGCAGUGCAGCCGCAAAGAGGGCCUGGUGUGCCGCAACCAGGACCAGCAGGGACCCUUCAAGAUGUGCCUCAACUAUGAAGUGCGCGUACUCUGCUGUGAGACCCCCAAAGGCUGCCCUGUGACCUCCACACCUGUGACAGCUCCUAGCACCCCUAAAAUCCAGGACAACCACUUUGGUGACAACCAGCACAACCUCCACUCCACAGACCAGCACAACCUCUGCCCUUACAAGCAGCACAACCUCUGCUCCUACAAGCAGCACAACCUCUGCUCCUACAAGCAGCACAACCUCUGCUCCUACAAGCAGCAGAACCUUGGCUCCUACAUACAGAACGACCUCUGGUCCUACAACCAGCACAACCUCGGCUCCUACAACCAGCACAACCUCUGCUCCUACAAGCAGCACAACCUCUGCUCUUACAACCAGCACAAUCUCUGCCCCUACAACCAGCACAAUCUCUUCCCCUACAACCAGCACAACCUCUCCCUCUACAAGCAGCAAAACCUCCACUCCACAGACCAGCAAAACCUCAGCAGCUACAAGCAGCACAACCUCCGGUUCUGGAACUACUCCCAGCCCUUCACCAGAGACUGUCAUCCCCGGUGCACCUGGACCAAGUGGUUUGACGUGGACUUCCCAUCCCCUGGACCCAACGGCGGAGACAAGGAAACCUACAACAACAUCAUCAGGAGUGGGGAAAAAAUCUGCCGCCGACCUGAGGAGAUCACCAGGCUCCAGUGCCGAGCCGAGAGCCACCCGGAGGUGAGCAUCGAACACCUGGGCCAGGUGGUGCAGUGCAGCCGCGAAGAGGGCCUGGUGUGCCGCAACCAGGACCAGCAGGGACCCUUCAAGAUGUGCCUCAACUACGAAAAGCAGCACAACCUCUGCCCCUACAAGCAGCACAACCUCUGCCCCUACAAGCAGCAGAACCUUGGCUCCUACAUACAGAACGACCUCUGGUCCUACAACCAGCACAACCUCGGCUCCUACAACCAGCACAACCUCUGCCUCUACAAGCAGCACAACCUCGGCUCCUACCACCAGCACAACCUUUGCUCCUACAAGCAGCACAACCUCUGCCCCUACAACCAACACAACCACUGCCCCUACGACCAGCAGGACCUUGGCUCCUACACACAGAACGACCUCUGGUCCUACAAGCAGCACAACCUCGGCUCCUACAACCAGCACAACCUCUGCUCCUACAAGCACACAAUCUCUUCCCCUACAACCAGCACAACCUCUCCCUCUACAAGCAGCAAAACCUCCACUCCACAGACCAGCAAAACCUCAGCUGCUACAAGCAGCACAACCUCUGGUUCUGGAACUACUCCCAGCCCUGUUACCACCACCAGCACAGCUUCUGUUUCAAAGACCAGCACAAGCCAUGUUUCUGUAUCCAAGACAACCCACCCUCAACCAGUCACCAGAGACUGUCAUCCCCGGUGCACCUGGACCAAGUGGUUUGACGUGGACUUCCCAUCCCCUGGACCCAACGGCGGAGACAAGGAAACCUACAACAACAUCAUCAGCAGUGGGGAAAAAAUCUGCCGCCGACCUGAGGAGAUCACCAGGCUCCAGUGCCGAGCCGAGAGCCACCCGGAGGUGAGCAUCGAACACCUGGGCCAGGUGGUGCAGUGCAGCCGCGAAGAGGGCCUGGUGUGCCGCAACCAGGACCAGCAGGGACCCUUCAAGAUGUGCCUCAACUACGAAGUGCGUGUACUCUGCUGUGAGACCCCCAAAGGCUGCCCCGUUAUCUCCACACCUGUGACAGCUCCUAGCACCCCUCGUGGGAGAGCCACCAGCCCAACUCAGGGCACCUCCUCUUGGCAGAAAUCCAGGACAACCAGUUUGGUGACAACCAGCACAACCUCCACUCCACAGACCAGCACACCCUCUGCCCCUACAAGCAGCACAACCUCUGCUCCUACAACUAGCACAACCUCGGCUCCUACAAGCAGCACAACCUCUGCUCCUACAACUAGCACAACCUCUGCCCCUACAAGCAGCACAACCUUGGCUCCUACAUCCAGCACAACCUCUGCUUCUACCACAAGCACAACCUCUGCUCCUACAACCAGUACAACCUCUGCCCAUAGGACCAGCACAACCUCUGCUCCUACAACUGGAACAACCUCUGCUCCUACAAGCAGCACAAUCUCCACUCCACAGACCAGCACAACCUCUGCCCCUACAACCAGCACGGCCUCUGGUCCUGGAACUACUCCCAGCCCUGUUCCCACCACCAGCACAACCUCUGUUUCAAAGACCAGCACAAGCCAUGUUUCUGUAUCCAAGACAACCCACCCUCAACCAGUCACCAGUGACUGUCAUCCCCGGUGCACCUGGACCAAGUGGUUCGACGUGGACUUCCCAUCCCCUGGACCUCACGGCGGAGACCAGGAAACCUACAACAACAUCAUUAGGAGUGGGGAAAAAAUCUGCCGCCGACCUGAGGAGAUCACCAGGCUCCAGUGCCGAGCCGAGAGCCACCCGGAGGUGAGCAUCGAACACCUGGGCCAGGUGGUGCAGUGCAGCCGCGAAGAGGGCCUGGUGUGCCGGAACCAGGACCAGCAUGGACCCUUCAAGAUGUGCCUCAACUACGAGGUGCGCGUGCUCUGCUGUGAGACCCCCAGAGGCUGCCCGGUGACCUCUGUGACCCCAUAUGGGACUUCUCCUACCAAUGCCCCGUAUCCUUCCCUGUCUACCUCCGUGGCAUCCACCUCCGUGGCAUCCACCUCCGUGGCAUCCACCUCCGUGGCAUCCACCUCCAUGGCAUCCAGCUCUGUGGCUUACUCCACCCAAACCUGCUACUGCAAUGUAGCCGACCGGCUCUACCCUGCGGGAUCCACCAUAUACCGCCACAGAGACCUCGCUGGCCACUGCUAUUAUGCCCUGUGUAGCCAGGACUGCCAAGUGGUCAGAGGGGUUGACAGUGACUGUCCGUCCACCACGCUGCCUCCUGCCCCAGCCACGUCCCCUUCGACAUCCACCUCCGAGCCCGUCACUGAGCUGGGAUGCCCAAAUGCGGUUCCCCCAAGAAAGAAAGGUGAGACCUGGGCCACGCCCAACUGCUCCGAGGCCACCUGUGAGGGCAACAACGUCAUCUCCCUGCACCCGCGCACGUGCCCAAGGGUGGAGAAGCCCACCUGUGCCAACGGCUACCCAGCCGUGAAGGUGGCUGACCAAGAUGGCUGCUGCCAUCACUACCAGUGCCAGUGUGUGUGCAGCGGCUGGGGUGACCCCCACUACAUCACCUUUGACGGCACCUACUACACCUUCCUGGACAACUGCACGUAUGUGCUGGUGCAGCAGAUCGUGCCCGUGUACGGCCACUUCCGCGUGCUUGUCGACAACUACUUCUGUGGUGUGGAGGACGGGCUCUCCUGCCCGAGGUCCAUCAUCCUGGAGUACCACCAGGACCGCGUGGUGCUGACCCGCAAGCCAGUCCACGGGGUGAUGACCAAUGAGAUCAUCUUCAACAAUAAGGUGGUCAGCCCCGGCUUCCGGAAAAACGGCAUCGUGGUCUCGCGCGUCGGCAUCAAGAUGUACGCGACCAUCCCGGAGCUGGGAGUCCAGAUCAUGUUCUCUGGCCUCAUCUUCUCGGUGGAGGUGCCGUUCAGCAAGUUUGCCAACAACACUGAGGGCCAGUGCGGCACUUGCACCAAUGACAGGAAGGAUGAGUGCCGCACGCCUAGGGGGACGGUGGUCGCUUCCUGCUCUGAGAUGUCUGGCCUCUGGAACGUGACCAUCCCCAACCAGCCAGCCUGCCACGGGCCUCACCCGACACCCACCACGGUCGGGCCCACCACACCGCCUGCUCCGUGCCUGCCAUCACCCAUCUGCCAGCUGAUUCUGAGCAAGGUCUUUGAGCCGUGCCACGCCGUGAUCCCCCCACUGCCGUUCUACGAGGGCUGUGUCUUCGACCAGUGCCACAUGAUUGACCCGGAUGUGGUGUGCUCCAGCCUGGAGCUGUACGCGGCGCUCUGCGCGUCCCGAGACAUCUGCAUCGACUGGAGAGGCCAAACCAACCACAUGUGCUCAUUCACCUGCCCAGCCGACAAGGUGUACCAGCCCUGCGGCCCGAGCAAGCCCUCCUACUGCUACGGGAACGACAGCGCCAGCCUCGGGGCUCUGCCGGAGGCCGGCCCCAUCACCGAAGGCUGCUUCUGUCCAGAGGGCAUGAUCCUCUUCAGCACCGAUGCCCAAGUCUGCGUGCCCACGGGCUGCCCCAGGUGUCUGGGGCCCCACGGACAGCCGGUGAAGGUGGGCCACACUGUCAGCAUGGACUGCCAGGAGUGCACGUGUGAGGCGGCCACGUGGACGCUGGCCUGCCGAACCAAGCUCUGCCCGCUGCCCCCUGCCUGCCCCCUGCCUGGCUUCGUGCCUGUGCCUGCAGCCCCACAGGCUGGCCAGUGCUGCCCCCAGUACAGCUGCGCCUGCAACACCAGCCACUGCCCCGCGCCCGCGGGCUGUCCUGAGGGCGCCCACAUGAACCUGACCUAUGAGGAGGGGGCCUGCUGCCCGGUCCAAAACUGCAGCUGGACAGUGUGCAGCAUCAACGGGACCCUGUACCAGCCUGGCGCCGUGGUCUCCUCGAGCCUGUGCGAAACCUGCAGGUGUGAGCUACCUGGCGGCCCCCCGUCGGACGCGUUUGUGGUCAGCUGUGAGACCCAGAUCUGCAACACACACUGCCCUGUGGGCUUUGAGUACCAGGAGCAGAGCGGGCAGUGCUGUGGCACCUGUGUGCAAGUCGCCUGUGUCACCAACACCAGCAAGAGUCCCGCCCACCUCUUCUACCCCGGCGAGACCUGGUCAGACCCCGGGAACCACUGUGUGACCCAUGAGUGUGAGAAGCACCGGGACGGGCUCGUGGUGGUCACCACGAAGAAGGCGUGCCCCCCACUCAGCUGUUCUCUGGACGAGGCCCACAUGAGUAAGGACGGCUGCUGCCGCUUCUGCCCGCCGCCCCCGCCCCCGUACCAGAACCAGUCGACCUGUGCUGUGUACCAUAGGAGCCAGAUCAUCCAGCAGCAGGGCUGCAGCUCCUCGGAGCCCGUGCACCUGGCUUACUGCCGGGGGAACUGUGGGGACAGCUCUUCCAUGUACUCACUCGAGGGCAACGUGGUGGAGCACAGGUGCCAGUGCUGCCAGGAGCUGCGGACCUCGCUGAGGAACGUGACCCUGUACUGCGCCGACGGCUCCAGCCGGGCCUUCAGCUACACCGAGGUGGAAGAAUGCGGCUGCAUGGGUCGGCGGUGCCCUGCACCGGGCGACACCCAGCACUCGGAGGAGGUGGAACCCGAGCACAGCCAGGAGGCAGAGAGUGGGAGCUGGGAGAGAGGCGUCCAGUGUCCCCCCUCCACUGACCAGCACCGCUGUCCUCCUGGCCCCCAAGGAGAACCUCCCAUAUGUCCUCCGAGCUCGGUUUCCAAGGCCAGUGGAACUUGUGCCCUCGUCCAGGCGGCUGCAGCUUUGAACACACUGUCCACGCCCGCUUUCUUGUGGAGGGUGCUGGCUGUGGGUCGCCCGCUGCCUGGAGGAGGGGCCCUUACCCACCCCGCCUGCAGCCACCUCUCAGGACCAGCCCCGGGGCCGGCCGGGCUCCUCUGGCCAUGCGUCUAGCCUGCUGUUCUGGGGACUUGA